GAAAAAUUCCCUCCAUUUUGUUUUCGUGUGUCAAUGCCAAAGAUGCCAAACAAUAUUUAUUUUACUUAUUUUUACCGUAGAAAUUGUAUAUAAUUAUUUAAAAAGUUUCUCAGUUUAAUAGUUAAUUAAUGAGUGCAUCGAUGAUAACGCUAAUAUAAUUCUUAACACUCGAAGAUACCCGUGCGUUAUUUCGUAAGUUCGUUUAUUUUGUUUUCAUCCUAUUUGUAGUAUGGCCUAUGAAGCAAACGGCAAAAAUGCCGGUCCUGGACGUGAUGAUGACAAGAAAGUGUUCAUCGGCGGAUUAGGUAGAAACAUUACCGAAAACAACAUACGAGAAUACUUCGGUAAAUAUGGUGAAAUUGUUAAUAUAGACCUUAAGUCCGACCCUUUUACCGGGCAAUCUCGUGGUUUUGGAUUCGUGCAAUUUUCGACUACCGAAACUGUAGAUAACGUAUUAGCCGAGAAUGAACAUACUAUUGGAAACAAGAAAAUCGAUGUGAAAAAAGUGACUAAGAAAGUAAAUCCUCUGAAAUGUCGAAUUUUCGUUGGUGGAUUAACGAAUGAAAUCACAGAAACAGAUAUUAAGAAUUAUUUUUCUCAAUACGGUUCCAUAAUUGAUUUUCAACAUCCAUUUGACAAAGCAAAGAAUCAACGUAAAGGAUUUUGUUUUAUAACCUUUGAUGAUACCGAAGUCGUGAAACAAGUUUUAGCUUCUCCAAAGCAAGUAAUCAACGGUAAAGAAGUUGACGUGAAGAAAGUAAAAUUCAAUCCUGAAACCAUGGGUGGACCAGGAGGUCGUCCUAUGCGCGGAGCUAACGUUAACAAUCCAGCAGCAUAUAAUUCUAGAGCUUACGCAGCUUACAGUAACCCGACUGCCUAUCCUGGUUAUGGCUAUCCUACAAAUCCAUAUGAAGCGUAUGGGCCCGCUUAUGGAGGAUACGAUUACAGUACGCUAGGUUAUGGUGAACCAAAUUACGGAGUUCAAGCGUACGGUGGUGGUAAAUACAGAGAUAAUGUGUAUCAGCGUCCUGCUCCUUACUGAUGAAUGUUUACAAGGUGGCUUCUAUAGUAACGAUUAUUUAAAUUUCGAUGCCAGUGAAGUGGUAUUGUAACAUGAUGCAGGUUUACUGAUUUUUUUACGUGUUUUAAUUGUAAGUUCGUACAGUGUACUCUUUGUGUAGAAUACUUUGUAAGACUUAUUGCUGAAAUUUUCAGGAUGGAUAGGUAUCUAUUAUCAGUUUUUUUCUCUAUUUUUCCCCUUAAGGAUUAAGUUAUCGAGGAGCGAUUUCUUCUAAAUUAGUAUUACGUAAUUUCUAUAAUUUUUUUCGUAAUUAUUAUUGUAAUGUCUUUAAACCUUAGAUCAUCGGCUACAGAAAAAAGACCUAAAAUUGAAACUUUGCUUUUUUUAUGUCUGUCUAGUAUUUCUUAAAAAUUUGGUAACUUUUGUAAAUAAUAUUUGAUACUUAAUAUGUAUUUAUACAAGCUUGACCUACGAAUUCUCUAUUUAAAAUUAAUACACAUAUUUAUGUUUUUUUUUUUUUUUUUUUUUUUUUUUUAUACGAAAGGCUAUAAACUUUUACGUACCGAUUUUGCGUAUGUAUAAGUAAAUGUAUGUUAUGUGUAAAAAUAUUUCUGUGGAAUGUUUACAGAGAUAUGUUGUAAAAUAAAAUUUUAUACUUUGUAUAUUAUUGUUUCCUUUAUUUCUUCAGAAUAAUGCUCCCACCCCUUAAAUUUAAUUUCUUCGAUUUCUUUGAAAAUUUGUUGAAUGGUUAAUUUCGAACAGCCGAUAAGUAUUAACGUAUCAUUUCUCAAAAACUAAUUCUUGAUUAUCUCAGACACGAAUUGAAAAACUUUGUUUUUUCCGCCAAAUUAUUUAAUGCUUUUUUAGUAGGAUUUAAUCCUAGAUGUAAAGCGUUUGAAGUUUGAUUUGUAAUUCUAAUAUAGAAAAUAAGCCUUGCUUUAACGAACAUUAUUAUUCUUCCACAUGAAUAAUAUUCGUGUUUUUUUUUCUUAUUUGCUGUAUUGAAAUGUUAUUUUUUAGAUACAAUAUUUUCUGUAAUUGAAAAACAAUGAAUAAUAUAAUUUUAUACCUAAUGGA